AUGGGUCCACAAUUUGCAACUGGCUGGAGGCAACUAAGCGUUGGGAUCGUCGGCGGCGGCAUCGGUGGUAUGUCCGCGGCGAUCGCUCUGCGGCGUGCUGGCCAUGAGGUGUCUAUCUACGAGCGCGCAGACUUUGCCGGUGAAGCCGGGGCGUCCGUAUCCUGCGCAGCCAACGGUACCCGUUGGUUACAUGAAUGGGGCGUCGACAUUGAAAAAGGAGAUCCUGUCGUACUGAAGAAGCUUAUCAAUCGCGACUGGUACACUGGAGAAACUGUUAGUAUAUACGAUCUCGACGAUUAUGAAAAGCGAUGGGGCUAUGCCUACAACAUGUUCCACCGGCAAUACAUGCAUACCAUGUUGAAAGACUGUGCCCUGCAAGAAGAGGGCGAGGGUAUACCGGCCAAACUUAUUGUCAACCACCAGUGUGAGAACAUCGAUCUUGAAUCCUCCACCGUCACCUUCGCGAACGGUAAAACGGCCAAGCAUGACUUAAUUGUUGGUGCUGAUGGAAUUGGCUCAGUUAUUCGCGGUAUUCUGGGUAUCCACCCCGAAAGGAGGCCUUCAGACCAGAGCUGUCUGCACACUAAUGUUUUAACAGAAGAUGCUGUUAAAGCCGGACUAGUUGAUUACUCUCAAGAUAGCGCGCUAGAAUAUUGGGGUGGCCAGGAGGGUAAAUGGGACAAGAUCGUGCUCUCUCCUUGCAAUAGUGGAAAGUUGCUCUCGUACUAUUGCUUCUUCCCUAGGGAAGUAGGUGAUUACGCCAACCAGCAGUGGGGCGGCGAAGACCGUCCUCUCGAGGAACUUCUUUCACCUUAUCCUAAGCUUGAUCGGCAAGUUUUUGCCCAUCUUACCAUCGGAAAGGAGAUUCGCCCAUGGCGAUUAUGGGUCCAUGACCCGUACCCAUAUAUGCACAAAGGGAAGGUCUGUCUUUUAGGUGACGCUGGACACCCGAUGAUGCCCCACCAAAGCCAAGGGGCUUGUAUGGCAAUUGAAGACGCCGCGGCACUUGGAAUCCUUUUCAGCAACAAAUAUUUUCAAGGAAACGUAGAGGAUACUCUGGAUGUCUACACUAAAGUAAGACUUCCCCGAGCUACCCGGGUCCAGGCAGCCGCAGCGAAAGCCGCGUAUAACAUCAACGAGCGCAUUGGGUUCUCUGCCAACACGCACACGCCUACAUACAAAGUCGAGGACGAACGGAACAAACUAACCAUCGAAGAGAUGAACACAUACGACAUGUAUCGUGAUAUCGAGGAGAAGCUUGCCGUUCAGGGGGACACCCCAUAUACUGGUAAACGGUUCUGCAGGCCACCACUUGGUGUGGAUAUGUCCAAUGGGGUUAUUGUUGGAGCAGAGUGA